AUGAUAAUUUAUAUAUUAUUUUAAUAAGUCUUAACUUUUGAUCUUCCUAAAGAUACAUACCCACUUAGAUAAAAUGAAUAAACUUUGAAAUACUACAUUAUAUUAGAUAAUAAGGAAUACGUUAUUGAUUUAAAUAAUGAGUUUAGUGUUACUGAUAUUAAUGGAGUCAAUCAAGAAUGCAAUAUAAAUUAUCAAUGCCAAUAUUGUGAUUAAUUCUGUCGUUAUACAUUUAUAGAUUAGUAAGAUUCAGAUUAGAAUGGAACUCUUUAAGAAUUAGUAUUAGAAAUUGAAAACAUUUAAGGAAAUAAAUAAAUUGAAGAAUUUAUAGCUCUACAUUCCAUUAAUACUAAUUAAAUUGGAUUUGGAAUGAGAAGACUAUGUACCGAUUUAAUUAUAUAAGACAGAAAAUCAUUAGAAUUUUACUUUUCCAUAAAAUACAUUUGUAUCAAAUGUGGUUUCAUUGUGCUUUUCAUCUCUUGGUUUUAUUCAUAAAUAAAAAUAAAAGAAUAUAAACAAUUCAAUAACAAUACCAUAUUUCUAACAUGAAAAUGUUUAUUCUUUUAAAUUGAAACAUAUAUAGUUAGGUUUCAAUUCAAAUAUAAAUAUAGAAAAUGUAAAUAUUUAAAUUGAUUCUCUAAAUCCAUUUACUUAAUUACCAAAAGAUGUUUUCAGGUAUGAAAAUAAUUAAAAUUAGUGAAAUUGCAAAUUAUUACAAGCAAUUUGGAUUUAGCAUUGUAAACUAAGGUUAUUUAAGUAUACAUGAAAACAAAUUUAUAAUAUCAGAUAUAUUAGCCAUUAAAAUAUAUAUAAAUUAAACCUUUUAUUUAGAGUAUUAGCCAUAUCAAUUUUUGUACUAUUCAGGAGAAUAUAUAUAACUCCCUUUUAAAUAAUCAAAGUAUUAAUUUUUAAACUAAUAUAUAGAAAAAAAUCUAUAAUAUUAGGUGUAACUUUUUUAAAUAAUGUAUACCUAACAAUCAAUUAAAAUGAACAGAGUUUUUCAUUUUCUUAGAUUGAUUGUUAAAGUUUUUUAGUACAAAAUUAAAAUACUUACCAUUUAUUAUCCAUUUUUAUAUUAUUAGGAGUUCUUUUAUUAUUUGCUAUUUUAUUUAAAUUAUGUAAAAAGGCAUAAGCAUAUAUAAAAAUAACUUAAGUCCAAGAAGUUGAAUUAUAAUCUUCAAGAGUUGAAAAGGAAAAAGAAGAAGAAUCAUAAAUAUGA